AUGCCUCUAGAAAAGAACCUCGAACAAGCCAAUGGCAAUCACAGCGCCUCGAGCUCCUCAACAAGAUCGUCAUCAACGGCAACUGAAGCAGAUCAACAAAACGGUCAUACCACCCGCGACGACAAUGGGGCUUGCGGUGCAGACCAGGAGAAGGGUAGAGAUCCCAACAUCGUCGACUGGUACGGCCCGGAUGAUCCAGAGAACCCUCAGAACUGGUCCAAUGCAAAGAAAUUCUUUGUGACCUUUGAGAUCUGUUUCCUCACCUUCAGCGUCUACAUAGGCAGCGCCAUCUAUUCCGCCAGUAUUCAAGACGUCAUGACUGUGUUCGGCGUCUCCCAGGUUGCAGCGACUCUCGGCCUCACCCUGUUCGUCGCAGGCUACGCCGUGGGGCCAAUGGUAUGGGCGCCGAUGUCCGAAAUCCCGCAGAUCGGCCGCAACCCGGUCUACAUCCUGACGCUGGCGGUCUUCGUGGUCUUGCAAAUUCCGACCGCGCUGGCCGUCAACUUCGGUAUGCUGCUCGCCUUCCGCUUUCUCACAGGAUUCAUCGGGAGCCCGGCCCUCGCAACCGGCGGCGCCAGCAUUGGAGAUAUGUACACGCCCGCCAAACGGACGUACGGUCUUGCCGUCUGGGGUAUCGGCGCCGUAUGCGGCCCAACACUCGGCCCUCUUGUCGGCGGCUUCGCAGUCCAAGCCAGAGGGUGGAAUUGGGCCAUUUGGGAGCUGAUGUGGCUGUCUGGGUUCUGCCUGGCCGUGCUGGUAUUCUUGCUCCCCGAGACAUCUACCGCCAACAUCCUCUACCGCCGCGCUCGGCGGCUGCGCAAGCUCACAGGUAACGUUAAAAUUAUCUCUGAGCCUGAGCUGGCCGGUCAGGAGAUGUCGGGCAAGGACCUCCUGACCAUGACGCUCGUGCGGCCCUUCAGCCUGCUCUUCACCGAGCCGAUCGUUUUUGCGCUGGACCUUUACAUUGCGCUCAUUUAUGGGUUGCUGUACAUCUGGUUUGAGUCAUUCCCAAUAGUGUUUGAGGGUAUAUACGGCUUUUCCCUCGGCACUUUGGGGCUUGCUUAUCUGGGCAUCCUCGUCGGCACAUUUGCUGUUUUACCGCCUUUCGUGUGGUAUCAGCACAGAUACAUCGAGCCCAAAUUCAACGAAAACGGCGAGAUCACGCCGGAGUGGCGCCUCACACCCGCCUUCAUCGGCGCCUUUGCGAUUCCAAUCUGCCUAUUCUGGUUCGGUUGGACCAGCCGGGCAGAUAUCUAUUGGAUUGUCCCCAUCAUCGGCACAUCCUUCUUCAGCGUGGGCGCGUUCCUACUGUUCAAUGCAGUCCUCAAUUACUUGUCUGACGCGUACCCUGAGUAUGCGGCCAGCGUUCUGGCCGGCAACGAUUUCCUGAGGAGUUGUCUAGGCGCUGGCUUCCCGCUGUUCGCAUCGGCUAUGUAUAAGAAGCUUGGAGUGGACUGGGCGAGCUCGACUCUAGGUUUCAUCAGCAUUGCCUUCAUUCCUAUUCCCUUUGUUUUGUUCAAGUAUGGCCACUGGGUGAGGUCAAAGAGUAAGCAUGCGAGACACGACCUAUAG